AUGAAGGUGAACCCGGCCACUCUUUCCGGCGCGGUUGACAUUCUCGUCGUGCCCCAGCAGGACGCGUCUCUCGACUGCACGCCUUUUCACGUGCAGUUUGGAAAGUUGCAGCUCAUUAGGCCGUGUGAGGAGAAGAUCGAGGUAUACGUGAACGGCAAGAGGAUAGACGGCCUGAACAUGGUGUUGAGUAAGACAGGAGAGGCGUAUUUCGUUCACGAGGUGGGCGGUCCCAACGAAUUGGCGGAACUCUGUCAACGAGGCGCUGAAGAGAGGAGCGGCCGGAUUUCGGACGCGGGUUUGAAGAGUUGCGAGGAAGUUUUGGAGGAUUCUCGAGGGACGGCGUUAGUUGACGGUUUAGAGAGGCGACUGCUGAGACAGCCCGGCGCCGAAGAGUUGUGGGGGCGAGGCGAGGCGCUGCCGAAUGGUUCGCUGAGGGGCGCCGGUGGUAGCGAGUCGGGUGAAUGCGGUGCUGGCGAGGUGGUGGGCGACGCUGAGCUGCUGCCUGCGGCGAUGGGCGACGAGGUGGUUGCGACGCCGCUUAGGCUGAGUUCUGACGUGAUUGCUGCGGGUCGUCCUCGGUUGUCCGAGCCGGCGUUGAGGGGGGCCGUGGACGGUGAGCGGGUUGAAGAGCUGAAGGAGAGUCGGGUGCGCAGCGCGCCGGAUUCGAGGAUAGAGGGUUCGAGUUUGAGGGGGCGGGUCGAAUUGCCGGCGCUGAAGUCGUGGGAUUUGUCCGUUUCGACUGCUCAGAGGGGCGCGAGAGCGCGCGGGUCUUCGGCGCCGGCGGUUUUGGGGCGCCCGCGCUUGGAUUCUCGGAUUGGGGGAGACGCGGUGCUCGGAGAGUCGAGCGACGUGGGCGUCGACGCUGCGGGAAAGAGGUCGCCGAGCGCGUCGGCUGGGGGGGCUAGAGAGUCGAGCGAGCGUCACCAAGACGCGCCUCAGUGCCUUGGAGUCGACAGCGACGCGGGGUCGAGCGCAGGCGACGCCAAGGGUUCGGUGGACGGCGAAGAGCUUAAGGGGGGGGUGAAGGCGAUUGGACGGUUGUACCAAGAAAUUACUCCGGACGCGCCGUUGUCUAGUUUGAGCGUCGAGUUGUCGAGUUGCGGCUAUUCCUCCGUGGUGGACGGGAAGUCUCCGAGAGAGGCGGAUGAGCGUUUCGAGGAGCACCGAAUUGCGUACGAGGAGUUCUCUAGAGACCCCGAGGUGCUGUUUAGUCGGAAGGUGGUUGUGCGCAUACAGGGACAGUACUACCCGUGGCAAGUGGCGGCGCCGAUGCUGAUGAGCCUGUUGGUUUACGGGAGCCCGUUGAGGGAGUUCGGCGCGGGUCGAACGGUGGCGAGCGGAGACAAGAAGGUGAAGGAGAACAUGCCGAACAAGUUGUGGAAUCUGUUCUUCAACUGGAAUUUGCAAAAGCAGCAAUCGUACUCGGUCGAACGGCAGCACCUCAUUGACGAGGACGAGCAAAAACGGAUCCGGUAUUCCGAGAUGGAAGACAAGUACUUCGCGCCGGCGUACGCGCGUCCGAGCUUGAUUGGCCCGAAGGCGGCGAGCGACCACGCGAAGAGCGCGGUGCCCCAGCCGCAACAUUCAGAGCAGAAGAGUCUUCUGCCGGGCGCGGACGGGCUGUGCGGCGAGAAGGACCUGGUCACGCUGGAGCGGUCCCAUUCGGACGACUCGAAAGUUCAAAAGGUCGCGCAUCAUUCGGCGGCGCGUCAACCUGGGGAGCUCCCCGAGAAGGAGGGCGGCUUGGCCGCGUCUGCGCCGUGGAAAGAGGAGCGGUCCGUGCGCUACGUUCACUCGCUGAAGCCGACGCCGAAGCAGCUGAAGAACUUCGACCUGAAGCCCGGCCUCAACAAAAUCGCGUUCAAGGUCAACUCUCGGCUGCAAGGGAAGCAAGAGGUCCAAAGUUCGAUAUACCUCUGGGAGAGGAACGUCAAAAUCGUGGUGUCGGACAUCGACGGCACGAUCACGCGGUCGGACGUGCUCGGACAAAUAUUCCCAGUUUUCGGGAAAGACUGGAGUCACAAGGGCGUGGUCUCGCUGUUCAAGAACAUUUUGGACAACGGGUACAAGAUACUGUAUCUGAGCGCCCGAGCAAUCGGCGCGGCCAAGAUCACCAAGGAAUUCCUGAUGUCUCUGGAACAGGACAGCACCAAGCUGCCCGACGGCCCAGUUUUCAUCUCCCCCGACCGCUCGCUGCACUCUCUGAACCGAGAAGUGAUUCUGAGGAAGCCCGAGCUAUUCAAGAUCAACUGUCUGAACGAGAUCAAGCGCCUGUUUGGCGCGACCGAAGGGCCGGGCCCGUUUUAUUCCGGCUUCGGAAACCGUCCCACCGACGCGGUUUCCUACUGCGCCGUCGGCAUCCCGUCCAGCAAAGUGUUCAUCAUCAACACGCUGGGCGAAAUCACGGGCGCCAGCAAGUCGAUUCGGCACACCUACACCAGCAUCAACGAGCUCGUGGAGCAGAUUUUCCCCCCCUACACAGGAGACACGGAGCAGUGUACAAAUAGUAGCCAAGAAGAAAAGUGGAAUGACUUUAACUAUUGGGAAACGCGGCCCAUAAUUUUAAUGUGGACGAUAUUUAAUUUGGGUGGUGGUACAUUAACAGCGCGUCAGUGGAGACAGCCCUGCACACGUGGGCCGCGGCCUGGCCUGUGGUUGUCGAGCGCGAGGCGCACCUACCACGAACGCGUCAUUGACCAUUACAACAAUCCCAGAAACAUGGGAAGUUUGAAUAAGGAGGACAAGUCGGUUGGGACGGGUCUGGUCGGCGCGCCGGCCUGCGGCGACGUGAUGAAGCUUCAGGUGAAGGUGAUAGAUGGCGUUGUCGUGGAUGCUAAGUUCAAGACAUUUGGGUGCGGUUCGGCAAUUGCCUCGUCUUCUUUGGCUACCGAGUGGAUCAAGGGGAAGACAAUUGAAAAGUGCCUGCAAAUUAAGAACACGGACAUUGCCAAGCAUUUAGCCCUACCGCCAGUGAAGCUACACUGCAGUAUGUUGGCGGAGGACGCCAUUCAAUCGGCUAUAGCCGAUUACAAGCUCAAGCAGGAACAACAGAGUUCUUCUUCAGGAGAACAAGCAGAAGUAUGA